AUGCUUCACAACUCCAGCCACAGCAAAUGUGUGGUCUAUGCAGACACAGCCCUGAGAGGGCAGGAUAGGGACAUAGAAGUGUGGGUAGGAAUUGGGGAAGCCUUGGCCCCCAACACCUCCUCCCUGUUUCCCCCUGAGCCUCCAGGGAUCAGCAACAUCAUUCCACUCUACUGUGCUCUCCUGGCCACUGUGGUCCUUGGUCUGCUUGCCUUCCCUCUCUUGUCUUGUUGGCGCUCACAUAAGCAAAGACAACAGCUGGCCAAAGCUCGGACUGUAGAGCUGGGAGACCUUGACAAGAACCAGAGGCAUGGUGUCAACAGUAUCUUUGUGGACUCUCCUAGAGGUCUAGAGCCCUGUAUUCCUAGCCAGGGACCGUAUCCUGAUAUUGGCUGCCAACUUUACCUUCACAUUCUGCAGCAGCAGCAGGAGGAAGUAGAGCGGCUCUUGAUGUUGGGCGAACCUGACAAGGGUUGGCAGGGCCUGGCAGGCCACCUGGGCUACCAGGCCAAAGCUGUGGAGACCAUGGCCUGUGGCCAGAUGCCAGCUUAUACCCUGCUGAGGGACUGGGCUGCUCAAGAAGGCAGCAGAGCUACCCUCAGAGUGCUAGAGGAUGCACUGUCUGCCAUGGGCCGUGAAGAUGUGCUCCAGGUCCUGGGCCCACCAGCUGUGGUGUGA